AUGUCUCACGACAUCAAAGACAAAGGUCCUCAAGAGACCGUACACACAAUUGAGCUCGGCUCGCUGGGUGGAAAUGCCAGCAGUGCGAGUCUCCAGCCACUCUCUCGGGCGUCCUCCACGCCGCCACCCGAACCGCCCUAUACCGUAUUGACGGAGAGGCAGAAGAUCAUGACCAUCACCAUAGCUGCGAUUGUCGGGUUUCUGGCCCCCGUGUCUGCCAACAUCUACUAUCCGGCCAUCGAUCAGUUGGCUCACGACUUGCAUGUCUCUGUCAGCCAAAUCAACCUCACCAUCACCACGUUCAUGAUCUUCCAAGGCGUGGCGCCUCUGGUGACCGGAAGUAUCUCAGAUGUGUAUGGGCGCCGGCCAACCAUGCUGGUCUGCCUGAUCACCUAUCUCGGCGUCAACAUCGGCCUGGCGCUGCAGGACAACUAUAUUGCGCUCAUUGUCCUCCGGACGUUUCAAAGUUGCGGCAGCAGUGCCAUCUCGGUCGUCGGGAUGGCUGUCACAGCCGACGUGGUCACUCGAGGCGAGCGAGGCAAAUACAUGAUCUAUUCGUCGCUCGGCAUCACGAUGGGCCCUGCGCUCGGGCCCAUCAUUGGGGGUGUCCUGGCCCAGUUCAUGAACUGGGAGAGUAUCUUCUGGUUCCUCGCCAUCUUUGCCGGAGCAAUGAUCAUCCUCAUCCUGCUCUGCUUUCCCGAGACGUGUCGUCAGGUUGUUGGAAAUGGCUCCAUUCCUGCCCCGCGCUGGAACCGUCCGCUGAUCCCAAUCAUCAAACCUUCACAACUGGACGGGGAUGAGACGGCGAGAAACGCUCUGGCAGGAGCACCCAAGGUCAAACGACCGACUCCAUGGGACAGUGUCCAGAUCGCCCUCGAGAAAGAAACCGGCGCCCUCAUUGCAUUCACCUCCCUCCUCUACUGUGGAUACUUUGCCGUGCUGAGCAGUCUGUCCUCCCAGCUUAGCGAGAAGUACAACUACAACUCGCUCCAAGUCGGCUUGUGCUAUAUCCCAUACGGUAUCGGCAGUCUCAGCUCACGAUGGACGAUCGGACGGUUUGUGGACUGGAACUUUCGGCGUCUAGGCAAGCAGCGGGGCUUGGAAGUCGUAAACAACCGUCAAGUGAACCUCAUCGACUUUCCCGUCGAAAGGGCUCGUCUCCAGAUCACUCUGCCAAUGGUCUACUUGGCCUGCAUCUUCAUCGUGGGCUACGGCUGGGUCAUGAACUACAAUGUCAAUGUGGCUGGGCCCCUGAUCAUGCUGUUCUUCACCGCACAUACCAUCGCUGGGGCUACCAGCACGCUGAUCACGCUGUUGAUGGAUUGCCACGUCCAGCGAGCGGCGACAGUCACGGCAUCCAACACGAUGUUCCGUUGUUUUCUGGGAGCGGGAGCGGUUGCGGCUGCAGUACCCAUCAUUAAUGCGAUUGGAAUGGGCUGGAUGGGAACACUGAUUGCCGUGAUGUGGCUGGCUUCUAGCUUGCUUCUGUGGUGGGUCAUGCUUCAGGGGCAUGACUAUCGCAAGAAGAAGGCCGCGAGGAUGUGA